CGACGGCGGCGGGAGGUUCGGUUGUCGCCCGUUGGCCGCGCGGCGCCGCGCUCGGCGGCCGCCAUUGCAGUUUAUUUUCAGUUGCUUUUUAAAGAAGGAAAGCUCAUGGUGCARAUUGUUAUUUCCAGUGCGGGGGCUGGAGGCCUGGCAGAAUGGGUGCUGAUGGAGCUACAGGGGGAGAUCGAGGCUCGCUACAGCACUGGAUUAGCUGGAAACCUCCUGGGAGACCUACAUUACACCACUGAGGGAAUCCCUGUGCUGAUCGUGGGACAUCAUAUCCUGUAUGGGAAAAUCAUCCAUCUGGAGAAACCUUUUGCGGUCCUUGUCAAACACGCUCCUGGGGAGCAGGACUAUGAUGAGCUUAGCCACGAGACUGGCACCCGGUACCUGGUGACGGCACUCAUCAAAAACAAGAUCCUUUUCAAAACCCGCCCCAAGCCCAUUAUCACCAACAUCCCCAAGAAAGUAUGAAAGAACCCCGGAUUUUCCCUAGAGAGCGGCCAACUCCUUGGACUCGUGCUCCACUGCCACCUCGAGGACGGCUCGACGGUUCCCUGGGACCACAGGGGGGUCCUAUUCUGAACGCAGGCCACCCACUGGGUGUGAACUCGGAUCCUUUCCUUAUGGCAACUGGUUCUCUUGGUGGGAAUCUGGCCCCGUUUCCAAGGAACCCAUCUCCUUUUCCAUCUUCAUCAGGCCCAUUGGCAUCAAAUCCAGCACCUUUCCCUGCUGGUGCUCGUGACCCAAGCAUGGCUUCUUUUCCAAGAGGGAUGAAUCCUGCUGGCACAGGCGCAGUUUCUUUUCCAAGGCCCAGUGGCCUCUUGGGCCCAGGACCAGGACCAACUCUGAACCCUAGAACAGGGGCACUCCCAGGCCCAGGGCCUAUGUCUAACCCCAGGUUAGGAGGUCUCCCAGGCCCAGGUCCUAUGUCUAACCCAAGAGCAGGUGGUCUCCUGGGAGCAAGUCCUGACCCUAGAAGUGGUGGCUCCUUAGGCCCUGGAUCUGUACCCAACCUGAGAGCAGGUGGCUUGUUACCUUCUGGGAAUGGUCCUCCCAAUCCUAGGCCAGUUAGCCUUGGUCCUGGACCAAGUCCCAAUCUGAGAUCAGGCUUUUUAGGUACAAAUCCUGCCCCUAGGUCAGGUAUGUUUCCAGGCCCAAGCCUUGGGCCCAACCCACGAACAAGUGGCAUGGGUCCAG